ACCACUUAAGAAACAAAAUUCUGCCUGCUUCAGUUACAUAACCCACCAAAAACUUCCACUAUUGCCAGUCUAACUCCACCGGCACGUGACACUCGCCGUCUGCACGGCACGUCCUCCGUACCGGACCACGUGGUUUCUGUGUGAAGGUUCAAACUUUCUCUUAAAUUUCCUCUCUUAAUCUCACUUUCUGGUUGAUCAUGAGCAAGCCUCGCUCUUCUUCAGAUCUGUAGUGUUGGAUCCGAAUUUGAAAUCGCGAAUUGGAUUUAAGUUUUUGCUGGACCGUGGUUAUGGCGACAAGGAAUCGGACUAUAAUAUUCAGGAGGUACAGGGAUGCGUUAAAGAGCGUGCGUGUCCCAGCGAGCUCCUCCGCGCCUUCCACGAGUUCUGGUGGUGGCGGUCCUGUGAUCGAGAUGGCGAGCACAUCGCUUCUCAAUCCCAAUCGGUCUUAUGCUCCUCUCAGCACUGAAGAUCCCGGAAAUGCAAGAGGUGCACUUACAGUGGGAUUACCACCUGAUUGGGUGGAUGUAUCUCAAGAAAUAGCUGCAAAUGUGCAACGUGCACGAACAAAAAUGAAUGAAUUAGCCAAGGCUCAUUCCAAGGCUUUGAUGCCUUCCUUUGGAGAUGGAAAAGAAGACCAACGCAGGAUUGAGGCUCUCACCCAUGAGAUAACUGAUCUUCUGAGGAAAUCAGAGAAGAGAUUACAAAGACUUUCUUCUGCUGGGCCUUCUGAGGAUUCAAAUAUUCGGAAGAAUGUGCAGCGCUCUCUUGCCACUGAUCUUCAGAAUCUCUCAAUGGAGCUUCGCAAGAAACAAUCAACAUAUUUGAAGCGCCUCCGGCAGCAAAAAGAGGGGCAAGAUGGAGUUGACCUGGAGAUGAAUCUGAAUGGGAGUAGAUCGAGAAGUGAUGACAAUGAUUUGGAUGAUAUGGUGUUUAAUGAGCAUCAGAUGGCGAAGCUAAAGAAAAGCGAGGCAUUCACCGCCGAAAGGGAAAGAGAGAUCCUACAGGUCGUAGAAUCAGUAAAUGAACUUGCACAGAUCAUGAAAGAUCUGUCAGUACUUGUGAUAGACCAGGGAACUAUUGUCGAUAGGAUAGACUAUAACAUUCAGAAUGUUGCAACUACCGUGGAGGAGGGCCUGAAACAGCUGCAGAAGGCAGAGAGAACACAAAAACAAGGAGGAAUGGUAAUGUGUGUUACGGUGCUGAUUAUCAUGUGCUUUGUCAUGUUGGUCCUCCUAAUCCUGAAGGAAAUACUCUUUUGAAUUCUGGUUGUAUUCAAGAAUUCAUUUGCCUUCUUAUUGUUGAAACUCUCCACCGCAACAUAAUUCUUUUGAGAGAAACAUUGGCAUGAUGGAAAGGUCUGAUCUGCCCCAGUUACAUACACCAGAUUAAGUGACUACGCUUACACAUUAGGCUUCAUUAGGCUUCUUUCCUUGUUUGUUUGUUUGUUUCUUCUUUCUGUUCUUUGAGGGUGCUGAACGAAGGGAAAAUAAGAAAGAAAAGGGGGUGGGGGCUGUAGUAACACCCUGGAGAUGUAUAGAGCUUAUAUUGUAUAAUGUAUAGAGCUUAUGUGGUGCAAUCUAGAGAUCACAGGUUCAAUUCUUGGAAGUCUCUCCUGUCUGCGUAUAUCUUUGUGCACGGGGUGGUUUACUUUACCUUUUUACAUUUGUCAAGGACCUCAUCAAUUCUUACAAAAAUUUUGGUAGUUUGGUGGCUUAGUAUCUGGGUGCUGAACGUAUUCUUUCAUUCUAUAGUUUGUAAUCAUUCUUUCAUUCUAUAGUAGUACAAGAUUAAGUGCCUUCGGCACUAUUUCCUUCA